CUUGUGAAAAUGGCUCCUUUUUAGUGUGAAACUGUGAAUAGCUUGAACCAAAAAUAUUUCAUUGCUAUGGGAAUCUUUAAUACUGUAGGAGGAAAGUCUCCACUCUAUCAUGUCAGAACCGCAUGAGUUUUAUUGUGGAAUAGUUCUAUUCUUUUGGUUCCUGGAGUUUGGUUACUUUCUAACUCAAUGGUACCUUUUUAAGGAUCUUUCACCUGAAGUUAGAGAGGCUCAAGAAAAGAAAUUAGAAGGGAUCAAGAAACAACAAGAGAUUCACAAUCGACUUGCUGUGGAACGUAAAAUAUUCUUGCGUGACAGAAAAAUUAAGUUUUUUGAGAGAAGAAAGAUUGAACGGAGAAUAAGACGUUUGGAGAAAAUGCAACGUGCUUCAUCUGGCCAGUCCAAAGAGGCAGAGAUUGCCGAGCAGCUUUCUAAAUUGAAAGAAGAUCUUGAAUAUGUUAGGUUCUUUCCAAAGACUGAGAAAUAUGUAUCUUUCUUCAUGGGAGGUGAUGACACAGACAUAGUUGAUAGAAGAAAAGUGAGAGAGUGAGAUGGGUGGGUGUUUCCGAGAAAUGGAGAGAGGUCCAGCUUGUCUGGGUGUGGCUUGCAGUUUACUCUCUCUCACCCUCCAUCUCACAGCAGCCAUGAUAAUGCCAGAGAAGAACCGUAAAGAGAUCUGCAAAUACCUCUUCCAAGAGGGAGUGUGCGAAGCGAAGAAGGACUUCAACCUUGCAAAGCAACUAGAGAUCGAUGUUCCAAAUCUGUAGGUGAGGAAGCUGAUGCAGAGCUUUAAGUCGAAGAAGUACGUGCGCCAGAGGACGGUGUUCUGCAACAUAAGGGAAGUCGAGGGAGGCGAGGUGGAAGUCGUCGUCGUCAAGGAGGAUGUCGUCGGGGAACCGGAAGAAGGUCGCUAACUGGGCGCGACGGUGGUGGGAGCAGCGGGUGGGGGUGUCCGCCAGCUGAUCGAUGUCGGUGAGGCCGGAGUGUACGGCGGCGAUGGACUUUCCGGCGAACGACUUGCCGGAAAAAGGUUGCUGACUGAUGGUUAAAGUAUUCCUUCGGCAGUGCAAGAAAGGCUCCGAGUCGGGC